AGGCAGAGGAGGGAGGGAACCAUGAAAAUGGCCGCACAGAAUAUGCACAUGGGGGGGUUAAGUUAAGAUAUGAGAUAUGAGAAUCGAGAUGAGAUCGAUCUGUCCUAACCGAAUUCAGCAGCACUGCAGUUGUUUAUCAGUCAGUCAUUCCUUGUUCUCUCUGCGCUGCCUCUGGCUCUCUCUCUCUCUCUCUCUCUCACUCACUCACUCACUCACCCUCAACUCGGUGCUCAUUCACACCCCACUCCCUAGUCCCAACACCGCCUCACAAAGUUUAACUCAAUUCUAUCUUCCAGUCCUUGUUCUGGUAUGCUAACUAACAGUAUACAGGCACUGGUAACCAUACUCUUCAGCCUCGGAGUCAGAUCACUAUCUCUCCCCCCAGUUUAGCAGCGUCGAAGGUGUCAACUGUCUUAAAUUAAUUAACUUCCCAGCAGGUCCACAUGCUCAAGCUAAUCCUAGGUCUAGCCAUACCUGUUUCCACAGUAAUCCUUGUGGCGCUGUUCUAUUUGUUCCAACGGCAUCGGGCAAGGUCGAAGGAUGAUCACGGGGACUUGGAGAGCCUAGGCCAACAAGAUGGGGAUGGGACACAGGCCGAGGACCUUUUCAUAUUCCGAGGUGGCGAAGACCUCACCAUAUGUGACAUCCUCGAAGCACCGGGAGAAGUCAUCGGCAAAUCCAACUACGGUACUUUGUACAGGGCUCUGUUGUACAGGAGCAGCGGCAUGAGACUGCUGAGGUUCUUGAGGCCUGUGUGCACCGCUGCUACCGGAGAAGAAUUCAUUGAUGUGAUCGAAUUCUUGGGGAGCAUCAGGCACCCAAACCUCGUCCCGCUCCUUGGAUUCUACUCGGGUCCUAGAGGUGAAAAGCUUCUCAUUUAUCCGUUUUACCGGCGAGGGAAUCUAGCCGAGUUCAUUCGAGAUAGGAGUGGGGACUCGCACAUGUGGGCCACCAUCUACAAGAUCUCGGUUGGCAUAGCCAGAGGAUUGGAUCAUCUGCACACGGGGCUGAUGAAGCCUGUGAUCCACGCGAACCUAAAAUCGAAGAACAUUUUUUUGGACAGGAGUCAUGAGCCAUGCAUCUCGGAUUUUGGUCUGCAUCUGCUCCUGAACCCUAGCACGGGCCAGGAGAUGCUCGAGACUUCAGCGAGCGAGGGCUACAAAGCUCCCGAGCUCAUCAAAAUGAAGGAUGCCAACGGAGACACCGACAUAUACAGUCUAGGGGUAAUCUUGCUUGAGCUGGUCACAGGGAAGGAACCGAUAACUGUGGAGGCCACCCCUGAUGAGGAUUCUCAUCUGCCGAAUUAUCUGAGAAACGCGGUUCUCGGCCACAGACUCUCAGAUUUGUAUCACCCGGGAAUUUUAUCUUCGAGCGAGGAUGUUGGAGUGACAGAAGAACGAGUGCUCAAGCUGUUUCAACUGGGGAUGGCCUGCUGUUCACCUUCUCCUUCACUUAGGCCCAACAUAAAGCAAGUCCUCAGGAAGCUUGAAGAGAUUGGAACAUGACAGAAGAGGGUAGCGUAUAUAUCUGAGUUCUUAUAAAUACCGAUGGAAAGGUCAUCACCUCACUAUUAACUUUCCAGAUUAUUUCCAUGAGUGAUUUGAAUAUAUGUUGAUGGCCACGGCCCAUGAAUAUGAUGCUGAUGAGGAAGUCAUCGAUGGGGGAAGCCAAUUUUUUUUUCAUAUGGCAUUUUCUUGGGCAAGAGAUAGAUCUUAGGAUAUUUAAUUUCUUUUUAGCUGCACGAAGAAAAAGAAAAAGGAAAGAGAGAGAGAGAGAGAGAGAUAGAGAAAGAGAGAGGUUUGUAGGGCAGACUCUCUUAUGACAUUGACUUGCAUUGUUUAGUUAUGAGCUAGCAUAUGUUUAGUCUCGAAGACUCCUAUCAAAAAAAUAUUUAGUCUCGAAGACGUACGAGAAACUGAAGUUCUUUAUAGGCAUAUGAGGGAAAUUUGGUUGGGGGUUUUGAAAUGGGUGGGGUUGAUCUGUUAGGCUACUUUCAGUAUUCUUAAUCGUUGUAAUUGCAAGUAAUCGAUGAAUGCAUGAGAUGCUGGAUUCGAUCGGUCCCAGCUUUGAUA